AUGCUUUCUUAUGCUCUCAUACGUUGCUGUGGUGGCCUAGUCAGCCAACGUUCUCUGCUCUCUGCUCGAUAUUGUAUACCUAAGCUGUUCUUCUCUGAUGUCGCUACGGUAAUUUCAAGCUCUCCAGAGGUUGUCAAGAAGGCUUCGUCAAAGAAGAAGAAGCAAAAGACAUACCCUGCUUUACCUGAGAUAUCAGAAGACGACAUUGAAGAGAAGUUCGUCCGCGGGACGGGACCUGGUGGUCAGAAGAUCAACAAAACCUCGAUUGUGGCGCAAUUGAAGCAUCUUCCUUCCGGCAUUCAAGUUUCUUGCCAAGAGACACGAUCGCUGCAGCAGAACCGGAGUAUUGCUCGCAAGCGGUUACGAGAGAAGGUGGAUGCACAUAUCAACGGAGACGAAUCUCGCGUCAUGGCCAAAGUCAGAGAAAGUGUGCGAAAGAAGCGCAGUGCAGACAAGAAGAAGAGCAAAAAGUACAGAAACCUUGAGCUGGCUAAAGCUGCUAGUGCUCAAGAGGAUGCAUGA